GAAACAUUUACUGUGUGGUAUUAUUGAAGUUUAUAUUAACCGACAAAUUAUUCCAACAUGAGGCGAUUCAUUCUUCUCACCUUUGUCGGCACGUUUCUAAUGAGAGAUGUUACAUUAUCGAAGAUCCAAGAAUAUUCUUCGAAUCUGGCCUGGUUGUUCGGCAUAAAAGAAAAUGCUAAUAUGAAAGAAAAACGCGCUGUAUGCGAAUCUGAGGAGUGCAAAAAAAUGGCUGACUUUAUAUUAGGAGGCAUGAACAGAUCCGUAAAUCCAUGUGAUGACUUUUACGAGUACGCUUGCGGAAAAUGGUCAGAGAAAAAUGCCAUUCCAAAAGGUUUACGCAAGUGGAAUAUAUGGUUCAAGCUUCAAGUCAAGACCCUUUUGCAAGUACAAGAGAUUGUGCAGUCUAAGAUUACAGAGAACGAUCUACCAGCGGUAAAACUUGCGAAAAAGUGGUACAAAGCUUGCAUGGAUACGGACGCGAUAGAAAAAGAAGGGAUCGACCCGCUGGUUUCUACCUUAUCGCAUUUAGGUGGCUGGCCUAUGACAAUGGAGCCGGAUAAAUGGGAUGAACAGAAGUACAGCUGGGAAAAAGUGGAUGAUCAAUAUAUGCGCUUGACGGCAAGAAAUGCCUUUUAUGACGUGCGCAUACAGAUAGAUUCAGAGGACCCAAAGAGAGUAGAGAUCGACAUACCGCACUUACCACUGGGCUCAAGGAAACUGCAGUCUAUGAUCGAAUCUGAUAACAAAGAAGAGGAUGAAGAAGAGAACAAAGAAACAGGAAGCAAAAGUGAUGAAGACCCGAGUAACGAAGACGAGCAAAGUAAUGAGGAGCCUGGAAGCGAAAGCAAAGAUGAUUCUAAAACCAUUGAAGAUGAUGACAAUGAUGAUGAUGACGACGACGAUGAUGACGACAACGAUGAUGACGACAACGAUGAUGACGACAACGAUGAUGAUGGCAGUGGCGAUGACUACAAUGAUGAUGAUGGUAGUGGCGAUGACUACAAUGAUGAUGGAAGUGGCAAUGACGACGACGAUAAUGAUGACGAUGAUGACGACAACGAUGACGACAACGAUAAUGAUGACGAUGAUGACGACGAUGACACUGACGAACAAAAUGAAGACGUCAAGAAGGAAAUAAGCAAGAUCGGUCAUAAGAGAAUUAGCAAAAAAUUACGUCAUGUUGGACAGAGAAAGAGCGGCACUCGGAUCAUUAAGAAGCAUGAUAGCCACAAGACGAAAAGACAAAGAAUAAGAAGAUGGGCAACAGAAGAUGACAGUAAACGUGCGCAACGUUUUAUUCGUCGCAAAAAGUUACAUACUCAGAAAGGCAAAAAGAACCACAUAAGAAAGGUACAUAGGAAAAAAACGGAAAAAAUUUUAAAUAAUGCGGAAAUAAUGUAUGCAACAAUACCGCAGGAGAAUUCAGAAAAAACGAAGAAGAUACCAUUGUUAGAAUCGUAUGCUAAUUAUAUUUCGAAAGUAGCUCAUAUUAUAGCCAAAAACAAAGGUACUAAAAUUUCACAAGAACGUCUUGCUGAAGAUAUCCAAGAUAUGAUCAAAUUCCAACUGAAACUGAUUCAGAUUACUUCAAAGGAAUCAAUAUUCAAUUCGAGUAUGGAAAUUACACUCAGAGAUUUUCAAGAGUGGUAUGAUAACGAGAAUCCUAAAACAAAUAAAGGCAAGAUUAAUUGGGUCAACAAAAUCAAAGCGUUGUUUGAUGAGGCGCACGAGUCCGUGGAUGACGAUUUAAUUCUAGAUAUUAUUUCGCCGAGUUACAUUAAAGAACUUCUCUCCUUACUGGAUGAAACGUCGAGUCGGACAAUCGUGAAUUAUAUACAUUGGAACUUCAUAAGCAAAAUAAUAAAGACUACCACGAGUGAAAUGAAAGACUUGUACGAUGCGUGGGAGAACAUUAGCAAGGACGAAAGUGAAACUCUGAUACGCUUGAGAGCACUUAUUUGCAAGGAUUCAGCAGAGAUAAAAGAAAUUCUAGCGUACGAAUUUGUAAGAAAAUAUUUCUCCGAUGAAACAAUAAAAACAGCAUCGGGCAUGCUCAACGAUAUAAAAAAAGAAGUUGAAAAACUGAUUAAAGAUUCAGAUUGGCUAGAUGACGAAAUUAAAGAUUUUUUUAUAGAAAAAGUAAAACAUUUGAAGAAAUCUAUUGGAUAUCCGGAUUGGUACAAAAACACUACGAUCAUGCAAGAGUAUCUUAAAGGGCUUGUUAUCGGCCCAUCGUAUUAUGAGAAUGCUCUUCGAUACAACAGAUACAUCAAAUUGGAGAGCUUGCGGAAGUUAUCGGAAAAUGAUGAUGAAAUCGAUGAAAUAAUUUCAAAGAUGAAUCCAACUGCAAUAAAUGCCUUUUACGUACCCUAUCAAAAUACUUUAGCUAUCACGGCGGCGGACUUUCAGAGCCCAUGGUUCGCUUACGGUCGACCACGAGCUGUUAACUUUGGUAUUAUUGGAUUCCUCAUUUCCCAUGAGGUUAAUCAUGGAUUCGAUCAUACAGGACGCAUGUACGAUAAAAAUGGUGACUUGCUGGAUUGCUUCUCGAUAAUGGCCCAGGCAUAUGACAAAAAAGAAAAUUGCUUUGUAAAACAGUUUAAUAAUUAUCCCAUUGAUUCAAAAACAAAUAAAAAAAUAAAGGAUUAUGGCGAGCAGACGAUAGACGAGAAUAUCGCAGAUACAAUGGGAUUGCAGGCGAUAUAUAAGGCUUUUCAAAGUAAAGAGAAAGAGAGCAAAACACCGGAAGCCGCAUUGCCGGGCAUGGAAGAUUUUACCAACGAUCAAUUAUUCUUUUUAUCCUUUUCCACUUUAUGGUGCGAAGCAAAUAACUACACCUCAAGUGAAAUAAUAAAUCUCGCUAAGAAUGAUGAACACAGCGUCAUGCAAUUGAGAGUUUUAGGUUCUGUAUCAAAUUCGGACGAUUUCGCUAAAGCUUAUAAUUGCCCGGUUGGUAGUCCGAUGAAUCCUAAAAAGAAGUGUAAUAUCUGGAAGUGAUUCUAAAGAAUCUUGCAAAGUAAACUUCUUAGAAAUAUCCCACAGAAAUUAUCCAAAUGUAUUGAUGA